AUGGUGCAAUCUAGGGAUAAUGGGGGAGGUGAUGGCGACGAUGAGAAGAUUAGUCCGCAGACGCAACAGGACGUCACGAAUAGCGAGCUGCGUGACACGGAAAAGGGAACUGGGAGUGGGAAUGCAAAGGAGACUGGGCAGUACGCCCAAAUUGACCCGGCCAUUGCCAGUCGCAUUGCGGCCAGUGUCGAUGAUUUCAUGACACUUGUAAGCGAGGCAAACGAGGCAAACGAAAGAGAGCGGGACAUGAAGCUCUCCGACGCAUUCAAAAUCUACCCCAAAGCCGUCGCCUGGUCCAUGAUCCUCUCGUCCUGCAUCAUCAUGGAGGGCUUCGGGACUUCGAUAGUUGGGUCGUAUGUCUCGUUCCCCCCUUUCCGCGAUACAUUCGGCACCCAAGCCCCCAACGGCGACUACCAGAUCCCCGCGAGCUGGCAGAAUGGCAUUUCGGGCGCCACGAACGUCGGUGAGAUUAUCGGUCUUCAAAUCGCAGGCGUUCUCUGCGAGCGCUGGGGGUACCGGUGGACGCUCCUCUCCGCGCUCGUCGCCGUGACGGGCUUCAUCUUCUUCCCCUUCUUCGCCAACAGCCUGGCCAUCUUCCUCGUCGGCGAGCUGUUCCAGGGCAUGGCCUGGGGCGUCUUCCAGACCAUGACCGUCGCGUACGCGGCCGAGGUCUGCCCCGUGCCCCUGCGCCACUACCUCACCAGCUACGUCAACCUGUGCUGGAUCAUCGGCCAGUUCAUCUCCGGCGGCGUUCUUGUUGCGCUGGAGGGCAGGCAGGAUGAGUGGGGAUAUAAAAUCCCUUUCUCCCUGCAGUGGAUCUGGCCGAUUCCCAUAGCCAUCGGCACGUUCCUUGCGCCCGAGUCGCCGUGGUGGUGUGUCCGGCACAACCAAAAGGAGCGAGCGGAGGCGUCGCUGAAGCGGCUGGCUCGUAGCUCGGGGUUUUCGCAACGGGACGCUGACGCGGCGAUGGCUUUAAUGGUCUACACCGACGAAAUGGAGAAGCAAGUGUCGGUGGGGACCAAAUACUGGGACUGCUUCCGCGGUGUCGACCUCCGGCGCACAGAGAUCGUGUGCCUGAUCUGGCUCGCGCAGACGAUGUCGGGCACGGCGGUCGGCGGGCUCUCGACGUACUUCUACCAGCAGGCCGGCAUCUCCGACAGCGACUCCUUCAAGCUGGGCUGGGGCCAGUCCGGGCUGAACGCCGUGGGCACGAUCGCCAGCUGGUUCAUCCUGAAUAAGAUCGGGCGCAAGACGCUGGUGCUCGGCGGCAUGGGCAUCAUGUUUGUCCUUCUCAUCAUAACAGGCUUCAUGGGCAUCCACACCCCCCCCAGCACAGCCGAAGCCUGGACGGCCGGAACCAUGGUGCUGCUCCUCAGCGCCGCCGCCAACUUCUCCAUCGGGCCCGUGGUGUACACCAUCGUAUCCGAGAUCCCCUCGACGCGGCUGCGCGCCAAGUCCAUCAUCCUCGCGCGCAACGCCUACAACGCCAUCAACAUCGCCUUCGUCAACGUCGUCUCCUACCGCCAGCUGAACCCGGCCGAGUGGAACUGGGGCCCCAAGACCGCCUUCUUCUGGGCCGGCACCAACGCCAUCUUUACGGCUUGGAUUUUCUUCAGGCUGCCCGAGACAAUGGGCCGCACAUACGCCGAGCUAGACAUCCUGUUCGAGAACAAAAUCCCCGCUCGCAAGUUCGCCAGCACCAAGAUCGAGACCCUGGUCCAGGGCACCGAAAGCGCGCAGAAAGAGCAGGCGAAUCGGAUUACUGGCAACAAUGUUGCGGAGCGUUGAUGAUAAGGGUAAGAUGGAGCUGUUAUUAUUCUAUAGGAGGAUGGAGAAGGGAGGAGCGGGAAGGGAUGGGAUGAGGUAGUUUACUUGCCCAUGGUGAUGCUAAGUAGCUCGAAACUAGUGAGAAAUCAAUUUCAAACAACGAAAUAAAUCAACCUUUACUUGAUAGCCUUAGAAAAUGUGUUGGAUGUAUUUUGCCUUUUUGGUCUUCCUGCUUUUGAAGAGGUCACUGCUGUUGUUGUGGCUGUCUGUCCAGAAACCCAAAAAGGCUGGCAGUUCCCAUUAUUGUACAUUAAUCAACACCCGCAAAGCAAAUGCCAGUCCUCCCGGAACUUGUCGUAUUAGAACCUAUACUUCUUCUUUUCGUCCCUCUUCUCCUCGUCCCGCUUCAGCCUCUUGCGACUUUCAUUGGCAAUCAUCUCGUCAAGGCCUUCUUCUCUUCUCCAAUUAGCGCCAAUGCCCUCGUCCCGUCGUCCUUCCUCAAAUCUCUUCUUCAUCUCCUCCUUGCUGAUACCAUCUACCAAUGCAUCCGGAUCGAAAGAAACUUCCACGUCACCAGGCUUCUUACGCUUCCGACUGCUAUCC